AUGCCUGUUGUUACUAACUGUUAUUAUCAAAUUCUAUCAAAUGAAAUUAAAUUAAAGAAAAAAGAACUAUCAUUUCUUCAUCGUUAUAAAAAUCGAAUAAAAAGUGAUUUAAACAUUACACUUAAUUCUUUGCUUUAUUCACGAUUAUUAACUAUUAUUCAACAACUAAUGCAAAGAAAAAAGAAGAAAUGGAUUCAAAGACAUGACAAUAAAUUUAAUCUUUUAUUAAAUAGAGAACUUUUGAAACAACAACCACCACCUAAAAUUUCAAACAAAUAUACAAAAUCAUCAAUACACAACUUAUCACAAAGAAAUUUAACACAAGAAGAAGUUGAAGCACUCAACAAUGGUUUGAAAUUUGUUAUUCCUCCUAAACAACUAGAUGAUGAAAUGUUUAUAAGUAAUAUGGAAAAUUGUUUUAUUCAAUUACUUGGUCGAACAACAGAUACACGUGAUUAUGAAAAUAAAGCUGAAGAAGAAUCUACUGAAUACAAUCUAACCAUCGAACAAUUAGUUACAGCUAGUAAAUUUCGAUCAGCUUGUGAUAAAUUCAUUUCAUCGUCUGAAAAAUCAUUAAAAAACUUACCCGUGAAUAAAAAACUUCAACAAACAUUAAAAAAUCUAUCAAAAGAUAAGAAUAUCUAUAUCACUAAAGCUGAUAAAGGAAAUGCCAUUGUGAUAAUGGAUAAAUCAGAAUAUAUUAACAAAAUGAACCUAAUUAUUAAUGAUAAAAAAACCUUUCAAUUAUUAGAAAAAGAUCCAACAUUACAACAAGAAGACAAAUUAAUUCGAAAAUUAAAAAGUCUUAAAGAUUCAGGUUUUAUUACAGAAACCCAAUUUAAACAAUGUCGACCAGUUGGAUCACAACCAGCUCGAAUUUACGGACUGCCGAAAAUCCAUAAAAAGGGAGCGCCUUUGCGCCCAAUUUUAUCUGCAAGUAACACCUUCAACUAUAAAUUAGCUAAAUGGCUUGUAACAGAAUUAUCUGUUUUGAAAGAACAUAAAACUAUAAUACAAGAUCGUUUCUCAUUUGUUAGAGAUUUACAUAAAUUGGACAUCAACAUGAACGAACACAAGCUAUUAUCUUAUGAUGCCAUCAAUCUUUUUACCAAUGUACCGUUACAAAAAACAAUCAAUUUUAUCUUAGAAGAAAAAUAUGGUUCCUUUUGUGAUUGUCAAAUUAUAAAAACAAAUAAAAAAAGAAGAAAGAAGAAAAAAAAAUGUAAAAAUUGUAAAGAUAAAGAAAAUCUCAAAUGCUUAUUAGAAAUAUCAACAGCACAAACACAUUUUCAUUACAAUGAAAAUAUUUAUUUACAGCACAACGGUGUCAGCAUGGGAUCACCACUUGGUCCUCUCAUGGCUGACAUCUUUCUCGUAAACCUUGAGAAAAAAUUAAUGGAUGAACUUUACACCAAUGGUGUAGAAUAUUAUCGUCGUUUCGUUGAUGACACUUUCAUUAUAGCUAAGAAAGAUGCCAAUGAAAAGAAAAUACAAGCUAUUCUUAAUUCAUUUGACGAAACUAUUCAAUUUACAUAUGAACCAGCAAUUUAUAAAAUUGGUUGCCAAAAUUGUCCUGAAGAAUAUAUAGGAAAAACUUAUCGACAAGCUACAAGAAGACAUGUCGAACAUGGUGCAUCUCCAGCUACAAUCACUUCACAUGAACAAUUAACAACAAAUCUUUCGUCACAACUAGUUUCAAUUAAAAAUGAAGAAACCAAUCUUCGACGUUCAAACAGAAAUAAAAACAAGGAAGUUAAUUAUCAAGAAUUAACUACAUCAUCCGACGAAGAAGAGAAUGAAGACACUCAAGAAACAAGUACCAUUACUGAUAAAAAUUCUGCUCUUUACAAACAUCAGUUAAACACAGGACAUCAUUUAAAUUGGGAAGCAUGGAAAAUUCUUAGUAAAGACUCACAUAAAUAUCGUCUACUAAUUCGUGAAUCACUUGCUAUACUCAAACAUAAACCAACAUUAAAUCGCACAGUACAAAGUGCACCACUAGUAAUUUAUCCAACAGGAAUAAAACAAAAGAAUAAAGUAAAAUUUAAAGAAAAAUAUGAUAGACCACCGCCCGGGUGA